UUGCAGAGGUCAAACCAGCAACCUUCUGACUACCAGCCCUGAGCACCACAGACCUCCUCAUAACUUUCUGCCGUCAUGCUGUAAAUGCUAUUAAUAUCACAUUAAACCAUAUCUAUCACUGCAGUGUUGGAGGUUAACCAUUCCUGCUGCUCUGAGGCUGUGCUUGAACAAGGAACAGUUGGAAGAAUGAUACCGGAUCAGAUUCUUAGAAGGGGAACAGGAGUUAAAUGUACCAGACUACAUCUAACUGUACCACAGCAUCUCUGAGGAUCUGUAAUGGGAGCGCUGUCCUUUGCUGCUCUGACAGGCAGUUUCUGGGUCACUCCUCAGCCCUGAGAGAGGGCCCAAUCCACCAGCAUCACACACACAGAGAGAGAGGGAGGUAUUUAUAGAAAAAUGGGGCUUCACUGUACCUUUUCCUGCAAAAGAAUCAUUAAAAGACCCAGCUAGCUUGUCCCAGAUUCUGCUCAGCGCUCUGCAAGAGGGUUUGAACUGGACUAACUCAGUGGAGAUGUAGAGCCACGGCUGCAGAGAGCUUGACAGCGCUCUCCUGAUCUACUCUGGACUGAUGGAGGCUAAACCUGCCGCAUCGAUUGUGUUUGGUAAUGAUGUGGCAGUGACUUCUGGAGGAGGGUGACCUGACCUGACCUGACCUGACGUGACCUCGUACAGCUCCACUUCCACACAGAAGACCCAGAAACCAUGAUGAGAAGAUUUCUGAAGAGCCAGAAGGGCCGCUUCUCUCUCCGUCAAAGCCGAUCGGGAUCCCGCAGUGCCUCCAAAGAUUUCUACCCAAACCCUAAUGUGCUGAGAGAUUUCCCACUGGAUAUUGAACUGGCCCUUCCAGCAAAUAACCAGGGUUGGCCGGAGGACUUUGGCUUCAAGCUGGGUGGAGAUGGACCCAGUUACAUCCUCUCUGUGGUGGAGGGCAGCAGCGCUUACAUGGCCGGACUGCAGCCAGGGGACCAGGUUCUGGAGAUCGACGGGCAGAACGUCUCGUCCCUCAGCACUAAAGCCCUCAUCGCUCUGGCUCAGACCCUCAAGACUGUGCCGCCCAGCAUCGGCGUUGUGUCUAGAAUUGAACAGGCCAGUUUUUACUGACAUGCCAUUUACUGUCAAUAACAAAACUGA